AUGCGAGCUUCUUCUUCGUCGUCUUCUAACUCACUUGCUGCAACUAGUUUGAGCAAUAGACUAAAGACAAUCUUCAAGAAGGCUUCCGAGCUUUCUAUCCUGUGUCAAGUUGCGGUUAACGUCAUCUACUACGGACCAAACGGCGAGUUGAAGACAUGGCCUAAGGAGAAAGAGGUAGUGAAAGACAUGGCCUUGAGGUAUAAGGCGGCCACAAAACGCAAGAAGAGCUCCAAUCUUCGUGAUUUCUUGGAGGGCAAGUUAGAGAAUGAUAAGAAUUUGAAGAAGAAUAAGAAGAAGACUAAGAGAGAGUUUGAGAACGUCAAGUAUCCAGAAUGGUAUCCAGUUCUUGAUCAUUACUCUCCCGACCAACUCCAUGAACUGGUUCUGUCCUUACAAGGGACUCUCUCUACUAUGGAGGAAAGGAUUCGUGUUCUAGAGGCAAAGAAACAGAAGAACACAAACUUGGUUCAUCAGAAUUUGACCCAGCAGCGUCAUCAUCAACAUCAGACAGUACAACCCUUGAACCCUAGCCAGUACUCUCUGUAUCUGUUUAACCGUGACGAUGCUACUCUCUCACAGCUUCCACUCUCUGCAUCACAUUCCAAACAACUCAUCAGUUACCAAAAUCAGUUGAGGAUGCAGCAGCAGAGGCUUUAUGAUCCUUGCGUAUCUAACACGCAAGGUCACCCAGCUUUACUUACAGUACAAGAAUCUUGGUUGAAGAAUCAGUUGAUGCAGCAGCAGGAGCCUUAUGGUUCUCAUCAUAACAUGCGUACGAUGAAUAACACCACCAACAGCAAGGUUCUAGGACAUCCUUGUCCCUUAAACACAAUUCCAAAGGAGUUUUCUUUUGAUCUCCAGAAGAACCCUAAUGAUGAUAUGGUCGGUAGACCUAAGUUCUCUCAAGAUAUGUUAAACUUGUGUUUAGCCUAUGCUGAUAGCCCUCAGCUUCAGACAUCUUCUCUACCAUCUAUACACCAAACCAUUCCUAACAUUAACCUUAUUCCUGACAACUCAAGAUGCCUCUGA